AUGGAGCUGUCCACGGAGCUGCUCACGGGGCUGCCCACGGAGCUGGUCACGGCUGCUGCGACCACUUGGGACAAUGGCACCGCCUGGCCCCCCCUGCCCGGCCAUGGGGGCAACGAGACAGGGUCAGAACGGGCCAAGAACGCCACGUCCAUCCUCAUCGCCGUCGUCAUCACCGCGCUCUACUCCGUGGUGUGCGUGGUGGGGCUGCUGGGCAACGUCCUGGUCAUGUACGGCAUCGUCAGGUACACCAAGAUGAAGACAGCCACCAACAUCUACAUCUUCAACCUGGCCCUGGCAGACGCCCUGGCCACCAGCACGCUGCCCUUCCAGAGCGCCAAGUACCUGAUGGAGACGUGGCCCUUCGGGGAGCUGCUCUGCAAGGUGGUGCUGUCCAUUGACUACUACAACAUGUUCAGCAGCAUCCUCACCCUCACCAUGAUGAGCGUCGAUCGCUACAUCGCCGUCUGCCACCCCGUCCGGGCCCUGGACUUCCGCACCCCGGCCAAGGCCAAGGUCGUCAACGUCUGCAUCUGGCUGCUCUCCUCCCUCAUCGGGGUGCCCAUCAUGGUCAUGGCAGUCACCAAGGCAAAAGAUGGGGUGGUGCUGUGCACGCUGCAGUUCCCUGACCCUGCCCUCUACUGGGACACUGUCACCAAGAUCUGCGUCUUCAUCUUCGCCUUCCUGGUGCCCAUCCUGGUGAUCACCAUCUGCUACGGGCUGAUGAUCCUGCGGCUGCGCAGCGUGCGCCUGCUCUCGGGCUCCAGGGAGAAGGACCGCAGCCUGCGGCGCAUCACGCGCAUGGUGCUGGUGGUGGUGGCAGCCUUCAUCGUCUGCUGGGCUCCCAUCCACAUCUUCGUCAUCGUCUGGACGCUGGUGGACAUCGACAAGAGGAACCCCUACGUGCUGGCCGGCCUGCACCUCUGCAUCGCGCUGGGCUACACCAACAGCAGCCUCAACCCCGUGCUCUACGCCUUCCUGGACGAGAACUUCAAGAGAUGCUUCCGGGAGGUCUGCGUCCCCUGGGGCGCCCGCGGCAGAGCCACCCCCGGCCAGCCUGGCACCGCCCGCGGCACCGCCGGCGCCCCGGCCCGGCCCCGCUGCCAGCCUGCAUGACUAGAGGUGGGCAGCCUCCAGCAGGGCUGCCGGCGCCGGGCGGGGGACGACCUGCGCUCAGAAGUGACCCAGGUCACCAGCACGGAGCUCUAGCAGUGCCCUGGCCUGGCUCUGCCCGUGGCACCGCCGGGCUCACGUCGGCCUGGCAGCAAGGGACUGCCCCAACUCUGCUCCCUGGAGAAGCAGGGACAGGGGAACCAGGACCCACCAAGCUUUGUGGGGAGAGGACCAAGACAAGAAGCAGCCUGGGCAGAGCUGCUCUGCUGCUGCCCCCACAAGGCUGGGCACAGCUGGCAGCCCCAUGCACCCAGCAAGGGCCACCGGCAAAGCCUAGGCCUCUGCCCCUGAAGUCAUUAAGCCUGAGGAGCUCAUUAAGGGAGCAAUUAGUGGGGACCUGAGCACCUGCUGAAGCAAUUGACAUGGACUGGGCUCUGCCCUGGGGCCGGUGGGUGAGGGAUGAGCAGCACCCUGCCCGCAGCAAAGCCAAGAAGGACACCAAGGCUUUGGCGUC